AUGCUAGCAAUGGACACUGGUGCCUCUGAAAACGUAACAAAUGUGACCACUGCACUGCCCAGCUAUGCUGCAUUUGCUCUUGAGAACUGCACUGACGACGUGCAUGGGCUUAGGAAAUCCUACCUGCCACCUCUCUACAGCGUGAUCUUUUUUGUGGGAUUCCCAGGCAACAUCAUGGCGAUUUGUGUGUACACUUUCAAGAUGAGGCCCUGGAAAAGCAGCACCAUUAUUAUGUUCAACUUGGCCUGCACAGAUCUCCUGUACUUAUCCAGCCUUCCUUUCCUGAUUCACUACUAUGCCAACGGAGAGCAUUGGGUCUUUGGAGAUUUCCUGUGCAAGUUCCUCCGCUUUGGUUUCCACUUCAACUUAUACAGCAGCAUCCUCUUUCUGACCUGCUUCAGCAUCUUCCGAUACUUUGCAAUUGUCUACCCAGUAAGAUCUUUUCUUGUUUGGAAAAAGUCAUGGGCUGUUGUGGCCUGUGUUGCAUCUUGGGUAAUUUCACUGGGGGCUGUAACUCCUGUUAACUUUUUGAUUACCUCAGCAUCAGAGGAGAACAAAUCUAUUUGCCUUGACCUUACUAGUUCUGAAAACCUGGAUGUUAUUAGAUGGUACACCUGGCUUUUAACUGGCUUGGCCUUCUACUUGCCGUUAAUAACUGUGACUCUUUGUUACACUGUGAUCAUCUAUACCUUGGCUACUGGGCUCCAUACUGAAAACCCUUAUAAACAGAAGGCUCGUAAACUUGCUUUUCUCCUCCUGGUAGUCUUUUAUGUGUGCCUUCUUCCCUUCCAUAUUUUUAGGGUUGUUCGGAUUGAACUAAGGUUAUACUCAGUCAGCUGUGAUGUUGAAAACUAUAUCCAUGCCGCCUACAUUAUCUCCAGACCAUUGGCUGCACUGAACACAUGUGGAAACUUGUUACUUUAUGCCAUAAUCAGUGAUAAUUUCCAGCAAGCCAUUCAAUCUCUUUGGAGAUGCAAGUUGAGCAACUUAAUGCAACAGACAGGAAGUAGUAGUGACUUCAACAAAUCUGGAAUAUUGAAGUUAUGA